UUUUCGCGCUAAGAACACUAGCGCAUCGCACCGAGAAUUUCCAACUUUGCAAAAUCUAGAAGACUUCAUUCUUCUCAGCGACAAAUUAUCGACGACAACCUCGACCACUUGACCAUUUACCACCGUCAAGAUGAAGUUGGUAUGUAUCUUAUUGCUUUCAAAUGGAUUCAUUGAGUAUCUGCUAACAUAUUUUGAUUGAUAGAACAUUUCAUUCGUACGUUUCGAUCCAUCCAAAAACACACGACCAAAGAAAUCGAACUGACAAAAGUACCCUACAGCCUGCCAAUGGCAGUCAAAAGCUCAUCGAUAUUGAAGACGAGCGCAAGCUCCGUGUCUUCAUGGACAAGAGGUAUUUCUUUCGCGAAAUCGAACACAACAAAAUCUAAUAUUUCCUCGACAGAAUGGGCGCUGAGGUUCCAGGAGACUCCGUCGGAGACGAGUUCAAGGGAUACAUCUUCAAGAUUACCGGUGGUAACGACAAGCAAGGUUUCCCAAUGAAGCAAGGUGUUAUGCACCCAACCCGUGUCCGCCUUCUCCUUUCCGACGGUCACUCUUGCUACCGCCCACGCCGAACUGGUGAGCGCAAGCGUAAAUCCGUCCGUGGAUGCAUCGUCGCUAUGGAUUUGUCAGUUCUCGCUUUGAGCAUUGUCAAGCAAGGAGAGAACGACAUUCCAGGUGUCACCGACGUUGUCCACCCAAAGAGAUUGGGUCCCAAGCGUGCCACCAAGAUUAGAAAGUUCUUUGGGCUCACCAAGGAGGAUGAUGUACGUUUUCCCUACAUCAUUCUAUCGCCUAUCUCUCUCAACCGCUUCGUGCUGGUGCUUGAGGAUAGAGUGUGAGAAGUAAAUCCAAAGCGAAAUGCUGAUAAAUUUGGGUUAGGUCCGUAAAUUCGUUAUCCGUCGUGAGGUUCAACCAAAGGGUGAGGGCAAGAAGGUCUACACCAAGGCACCAAAGAUCCAACGUUUGGUCACCCCACAACGUCUCCAACACAAGCGUCAUAGACUCGCACUCAAGCGUCGUAACUCUGAGCGUACCAAGGAGGCUGCCGUAAGUUGCUCUGGUACUUUUCCCUUUGAUUAUCCAGCUAAUCCCUUUUUCCAGAACGAAUACGCUGCUAUCCUCACCAAGCGUGUCUCUGAGGCCAAGCACGCCAAGGUUGAUGCCCGCAAGCGCAGAGCUUCUUCUAUGCGUAAGUAGAGUGUAUGUGUUGGGUAAAAUAGUAGUCUUUAUGGAUGAUUGGCGUGUGGAAUGAAUCCUCAGCCGGGUUCAAGAGGUGUAUCACAAAAAAGCAUUAUACCAGGAUGCUAGAUACCAAUUUAAAAUGGACUGCAUAUUACUACUUAGGAUGGCGUUUCUGGAAUGCAAUGAUGUGCUAUUAACAUGUUUU